UGAGCCGAGCCGAGCCAGGCGGGGCGCGAAGCAGGCGGCGGCCCGGCCGCUCGCUGGCCUGCCCGAUCGCGGCGCGACCUGCGAUCGCGCCCGGCAUGUGAGCCCGGCCCGGAGAGGCCCCGUGCGUCUGCCCCAGGUAAGAUGGAGCCCACAGCCUCGGGCGUCUUCUGUGGACGAGUGCUCAGCAUGGUGAACUCGGAAGAUGUGAAUGCCAUCAUCCUGGCUCAGAAGAAUAUGCUUGACCGAUUUGAGAAAACCAAUGAGAUGCUCCUCAACUUCAACAACCUGUCGAAUGUCCGCAUGCAGCAGAUGAACGAACGGUUCCUGCAUCACACCCGUACAUUGGUCGAAAUGAAGAAAGACCUGGACAGCAUCUUCCGAAGGAUCAGGACAUUGAAAGGGAAGCUAGCAAAGCAGUACCCAGAGGCAUUUAGCAAUAUCCACGAAUCUCCCAUCUUGGAAGACGACGACUUCGACCCGAUCCCCAAAAGCACCGCCACAACCAUCGCUACCUCGGAGCAGAGCACCGAGUCCUGUGACACCAGUCCGGAUAUCAUUUCCCCGACUACCAGCCAUGACUUCGAGGACCUCUACCAGGCGCCCUACGACUCGCCGGCAGUGAAUGGGCAGAGCGCAACCGACGAUGACAACGAGACAGACUAGCUGGUGCUUUUUGGGUUUUCAUGUGGGGACCUCCUUGCUCGCCUGCUGCCUAUAUGCCAGUGAGAAGCCCCUCCCUUUUCCUAAUCUGUAUUUUCUGUGUUGUCUUGGCUGACGACCUUCUGGCCGGGGAAACCAGGUCAAGCGUGGGCAAACAGGGCUUCUGCAUGCACCACCAUGCUCCCAACGGUGCCGGUCUGCGAUUUCAGCCAAGUACGCAAAACCUGAGCAGGCAGUUCACUUGUUUGUGGCAGGAAGUUCCAAGGGCCGCCUCCACGUCUCAUAAUUCUGGCAUGCACAUCAUUAGAAGGUCUUCUAGUGUGGCUACUGCUACCCUGCAUAGCCCAGCCUUCCCAAACCUGGCAUCCCGCUGAUGUGUUGGACUGCAGCUCCAGCAGGAAUGAUAAAAGAGGCAGUCACACGCAUCUGUAGGGCCACAGCUUGGGGAAGGCUACAAGUCCUUGCAGGCACUCAUGGCCAGCUCAUUUGCUAUCCGAGCAGCGUACGAAACCAGACCUGUAAGAACAGCUGCAUUGCCAAGCUGACCCUGAGAAGAGGUUAAGUGCUGAGUGGGGAAGAGGAAGAACAAGCAAGGGGAAAACAGACAUUACCGCCACAGCCUUGUGCUCACAGUUGCUUCCUCAGCCCAAUCUGGCAGAAUCAUCUUCCGUCUUCUCUGCCUCUUGGAACAAACCACGGCCCCGUGCAAUCCUCACGUGCACAGAAGGGCCAGUGUGGAGGAGGUUUCUGGUGUGUGGGUGGGGUCCGUUUCCAAAGGAACAGACUCUCCCCGUGGUUUUAGCCAAGAUCUCCCCCCUCCCCUCUCCCCAACUGAUGGAAUCUGCAAGAGCAGAAAUGUUCUGUAAUCUCAACUGCCGGUUCUUUCAAUGUUCCCUGAAAGUGUACAUCUUCUUGCGCAGUCGUAUCAUAACAAUGCACCUUAUAACUUACAUGAGGGACUGUCUGUGCCCCCCUGCACCUGCCUUGCGCUGUCUUUUUAAGCGACUGCUGCAACAGCCUGUUACAUGUCAUGUUCUAACAAUCCUGUCGGGUUUUCCCUGUCAUGCUUAGAUCCCGCCAUUUUUCAGCCUUUCAGUUACUGUAAUGCCAAUAAGCAUCUGUUGUCUGACUUAAAUUCCGAGCCCCAACAACUACCACCAUCUGUAUUAAAAGAGUUUCCUUUGCUGGAACGUGAUACUACUAAAUCGGUUGCACGGAGGUUGGCAAUCUGCCUCCUUCCCCUUAAUGUGAUCUCCUGAACCGCAUUGUAACUCAAAGAAAACAUAUUUUUGUACUGCUUCAAGUUUACAGAGAUUAAUACAGAGGUAAUAACCAAUAAAAGAGUUAAGUUAAUUCAUA